AUAUAGCACACGUGCAAACUCGCAAGCUUCACCGUGCACUCUCCCAUCUUGAAAACUUGAUAUUAUACCCAAAGAGAAGUCUCAAUUUGCUAGCUUUUCCAAAUAAGCCAUAAGUAGUACUGUUGUUUCUUGAAUGAGAUUUAUGGAAAGGUACGAGGUAGUAAAACACAUAGGAUCUGGGAAUUUUGGCGUAGCAAAGCUUGUAAAGGAUCAAUGGUCUGGCGAGCUUUAUGCUGUCAAGUAUAUCGAGAGAGGCAACAAGAUUGAUGAACAUGUAGAAAGGGAAAUCUUGAACCACAGAUCACUCAAGCACCCCAAUAUUAUCAGAUUCAAGGAGGUGUUAUUAACAGAAACCCAUCUCGCCAUUGUCAUGGAAUAUGCAUCUGGAGGAGAGCUUUUCGACAGAAUUUCUAGUGCUGGUAGAUUCAGUGAGGAUGAGGCAAGAUUUUUCUUCCAACAACUGAUAUCGGGAGUCAGGUACUGCCAUUCAAUGCAAAUUUGCCACAGAGAUCUCAAACUAGAGAAUGUGCUCUUGGAUGGGAGUUCCACUCCACGUCUUAAAAUUUGCGACUUCGGAUACUCUAAGUCAUCGGUAUUGCACUCCCAACCAAAAUCUACAGUUGGGACACCCGCGUAUAUUGCACCGGAAGUCUUAUCUAGGAAAGAGUAUGAUGGCAAGAUUGCAGAUGUUUGGUCUUGUGGGGUUACGUUGUACGUGAUGCUGGUUGGUGCCUAUCCUUUCGAAGAUGAUGAUGAUCCAAGAAACUUCAGAAAGACACUCACUCGGAUACUUAGCGUCCAAUACGCAGUCCCUGAUUACGUUCGAGUUUCCUUGGAGUGCAAACAACUCUUAUCGCGGAUAUUCAUAGCCCACCCUGAAAAGAGAAUAACAAUACCAGAGAUUCAAAAGCAUCCAUGGUUCUUGAAGAACUUUCCUGUUGAACUCAAGGACGGAGAUGAAUCUAUCUCGGAUAUCGACAAAGCAAACAAUGCGUUGCAAGGUAUCGAAGAAGUAACAGCCAUGAUGCAAGAGGCUAGAAGAGGUUCAAUAAUUGGGACCAAAGCUGAAGGGGGGAAUAUGGAACUUGAUGAUGAUACAGAUAUUGAUUCUGAGAUGGAGGAUGACUCGGAGACAAGUGGGGAUUUUGUUUGUGCAUUAUAAGUGUUGGCUUCUUGUGACUACGAUUUAUAAGUGAUGGACUCCCAUUUUUCAUUUGUCUGUUUAAUGUCAAAAAUAUCAUGUUUUUUGUGUU